UGUUGUAAAAAUGUGGUUUUGAAAAUAUUGUAUACAAAUGAUUUUAAUAAUAUUUAAUUAAAAACCUGAGUAGAAUAUUAUAGUAAAUAUAUUAAAAUUAUAUGGAAUAGGUAAAAAGUAUUACAAAAGCUGUCCUCACGUUUAAAAUGAAAAAGUAAUAAGUAUACUACACUUUAUGUCUUUAUGUAUAUAAAUCCCUGGUCUGUAGACUUGAUCGAUAUAGGUACACGGACAUCUCCCAAUCAAAUACACCCAUUUGGCCAUUUAAUUUUAAUGUAUACUGUAAUGUAGGUAUCUAAUAAAAUGAUACUAAUUAUAAUUUAUGUAUUGUAUUAAAUACAUAAUUUUCCAUUAUUUGAAUUGAAUUUGUGGUAAGUAUUAUUUUAGGUAUUUUAUAUAAAUUCAUGUGUUCAUGACUUAUGAAAUUAUGAUAAUAAAACUGUUAAAUAUUAUUUUAUACGUCGGUGAACUGUGCACAUUACUACGUAACUAUAACUUGGAUAUUUUCAAUUUUGUAUAAUAAAAUUAUAUAAAUAACAAGACUAGUCGUGCUUAAUGCUUAUCUCAGUAUUAUCGAUAGUACACGACACGCGUAUGCCGUCUCUAUGGACAGUUUGUAUUUACCCAGCUUGCCGUCAAAAAAUAUAUUUUUAGAUUUCUCAAAAUUCUAUGAUAUUAUUGUUUUUGAACGCGGAUUAUUGUGACGCGGAGUGGCGGAGUGGCGGAGUGUUGAUACCAGUUCGCGGCAGUGCCUAAAGAUUAAACAUUUAACGAUUUAACGUUUUAACUAUUUAUCCGCACGCCAUUACGACGAUACGUGUCUUCUUUCACACUACAGUUUACACUACAGUAACAGUGUGAACUAUUAUUACCAAAACCAAAUAUUGGAUUUUAUGCUGUUUGUGAUGGAUGAUCAAAUAGGAUGGAUUAUUGUUGAGUUUGUUGAUGAUGAAAGUGUUGAAGUGGUACCAAACUGUUGGUUAAAAAAUAAUUCUUGCGCUUGGCCUAAAGCUUCUAAACAAGCGAAAAAAUAUGUCCAAAAAAGAAUUAAGCCAAAUAUGAAUGAUUUUAUAUUUUACAAAUCCAGACAAAUUGGACAUAAAGUUUAUAGUUCAUAUAAUGAAGCAAAAAUAAAAUUGCCAUUGGCAAUGCAUAAAUCAGACUUAUCAAGUGCUGAUGACAUUAUUGAUGGUAUGACAAAAAGAAAAAGGAAAUUUCCUUAUUAUAGAGGUCAAAGUUUGUCUCCUGCCACAACUAUAAAAUCAAAAAAACUUGAAAAAGUUAAUAAUUCAAAACAAAUAAAAAUGUCUUCUAAUAGCUGUCCCCCUCGUUAUCACGAUGUUUCUCAGUCAGUUAAUUUAAACGAGGAAACAAAUAUUUUUGAACCUUCUGAUGAUUCAAAUGAUGUGUCUUAUGACUCGGACAAAGAUCCUCUUUGGAAAAUCGAUAAAAGCCAAAGCAAAUCUGUUAUUGAUGGUAUUAAUUGUAUAACACCUGAAAAACAUGCCUCUUCAUUAGUUAAUAAACCCAUUGAUGAUAUAGAACAUAUAAUUUCAUCUCCUGUUGGGACUUGGACGGUUGAAAAAAAUGAGGAUACACAAUUAUUAUAUAAAACAAGUUCUGAUCGAAAUAGUAUCAAAGUUAAAAAAAUAUUAUUUUGUGAUCAAAAUAUUGAAAACACAGGAUCAUCUGGUAUUACAGCUAAUAUUUUAAAACUGCCACAAGAUACUACAAUUUUACAAAACCAGCCAAAUAUAUCUAAUGAUUUUCAACGGUUUAUUACUAACACUUUGGUAAAUAUGAAAUAUGACAUUGGCAGCAUUUUAAGUAUUGUACAAUCAAACAGUAUUAAUAUUAAUACAUUGAUGGCUAAUAAAAAUACAUCAGCCAAAAAUAUCACAAAUCUUGACAACAUAUUUCCUAUUAAAAAUCAUGAUGAAUUAGAGUCAUUGGAAAUAAAAAUUAAGACUGAUGAAAACUUUAAAAAUACAUUGGUUACUCAAUUAUCAGUGUUAAUAGAUGUUAAUGAUCUUGGAAAUAGUGUUCGAAGAAUUGUUUCAAGAAUGUUAAGUGAUGUUUUGCUAUCUAAUUAUUCGUUACAUGGAUUUAAGUCUAAGCUAUGUUUUUCAGGCUUAAAUACCUAUCGUGUUAUUAUAGAUGCUAUACGAGUUAACGUCAAGUACAGUGUUGUUCCUGAAAAAGAAAUAGAUAACUCAUUAGGAAUUUGGCUAUCCCAUGCUCCAUUCCGCAUUAAAAAAGUAUCCCAAAAACAAGAAAAACUCUCAAGAAGCCUUUUAUGAAGUUAAUAUAUUUAAAAGAUUAUGUUAUCAUUAUUAUUAUAUUAUUUACAUUUUUUUAAAUUCUUAGAUUUGUAUCUUACAAGUUUGCAGUUUUUAUUAUUUAAUAUUUGCUAUUUUAAUGAAGUUAAUAUUGGGUAUAUAUUAUACUACUCACCAGUUAUUAUUUUUAUUUUUGUGUUAGAUCAUAAUAUUAUAUAAAUAUAAAUUAAAAUAUUGAUAUUCCAAUAUUAUAUUAAAUUUAUAUAUUAAUCAUGU